AGGAGCAGGACUAUGCAAAUUAGUUGUUCCCAAUUAUAAAUAUGCUGAGCUUCAAUAUUAAGUAGUUAGGACACAUUGUGUGAUGAGUCCCAUCUAGUAGAUUUACUGUACUGAAAAUCAACUCAAAUAAUCGGCCAAAGAAAAAAAAAAUCAAUGCAAGGUGAAAAUUGUUGUAUUAGAUAUUCAUCUGAGCAAUAUGGUUCCACUGAUGUUUGUUUUGCUACUCUUUUUGUUUGGAAUAGUGGUGUUGUUGGUAUAGUGGAGUUUGGAGUUUUAGAGAUGAUAGUUAUUGGGAAUGGCUAUUUUAAUGCCACUCUGCUAUCCACAUGCUUCAAUGUGUAUCCAGCUUAAAGUGGUCUUGAAAUGGCCCAGUCCUAGUUAUUUUGUAGCAUCAAAAUGUCAUUUUUCUUUAUUUUUUUAUCACAUGGACAUAGCAUGAGAUCCUAAACAUCAACACUGGAACUAUUUUAAGAUCAGCCUUGCUUCUGAUGGAACGUUGAGAGUGUAGCGUGUUUCUUUUCAGCAUUAUAAGAACACUACCGAAUAUUAAGAGGUUUGAGUUUCUGGUCAUGUGUUAAAUUAUGGGAAAUCCAUUUUACCACCUACCUUGAUAUUGGAUGUGUGCUCAAUAUACAGCAGCAGUUUUCAAAUUUUUCUUGUUAUUCAUAUACUGAUUUUUAAUCUGAUUUAUGAUGUUGGGGGGUGGGAGUGCUUUCAGGUGAUGGCUCCAAAGCAACCAAACACUGGUCUGUUUGUGGGGAUAAACUGAGGACAUGUCAUGGUGAAGAAGGAAUCACCUCCCUGCCCUUCCUUCUGAUAGAAAUGGGACUUGUUCAGAUGAGAAAGUCUUUGUACAUGAAUUUUACGUCUGUAUGUUUUUAUGAUCUUUAUUACAGGUCAUUAUAUUAACUCUAAAAAACAGCUUUGAUAUUCAUCUGUUUGGAUGUUUUCUGCAUUUCUUUUACCAAAAAACCAGCAAAAGAGUCCUCUUUGUAAGGGGCUCUAUUAGAGAGGUUGUGGGUUUUGCUCCCUAUGAGAAGAGGGUUACGGAACUUCUGAAAGUUGGGAAAGACAAGCGUGCUUUCAAGGUGGCAAAGAGAGCUAGGCACUCAUAAGAGGGCCAAGAAGAAGCAUGAAGAGACGUUAAAUGUUCUACGCAAGAUGAGGUCAGCUGGAGUUGGAGUGAAGAAGAAGUGAGUAGCUUCUUGGCUGAUCCUCAUAAACAGAAAAAAGAAAAAGAAAAAGAAAAUCUCAUUUCUGUUUAAAUUUCCUUCUUACUUUAUAGAUUUGGAUAGUUCCUACCAUUUCUUCUGAGAUUGGGUUGUUUUCUUUAUGAUUCAUUAAAUCCUAGCAUCUGUGAUUAAUUUUUCUUUUCUAUUUUAUGGGAGGUUAAAUCUCUUCAAGAAAGCAGCAUUUUAUUU